AUAUCGCCACUUCGCUAACAUGACAAAAAAUAAACAAUUAAAACGUACAUUUAUUAAUAGUAAUGGGAAAGGCACAUUCAACCAAAACAUUAAAUAAGAAGAUAUUUUAUAAAUGUGACGUUAAAGCUUCAGCCCUGUAUAAGAAUCCCCGUCGCCUCUGUGCCACGCCUUUUCUCUUCCUCUUCCUCUAUCUUCAUCAUCAGCCUCCACCUGGAGUCCAUCUCCCCGCACACCUCUCCUCCCCGCUUCCCCCCUUAGCUGCAGCUGCCCAGCGGCUGUUUGUCCUUCAUCCAGACCGCUGUAGGACACCGCAGGGCGCUUAAGGGGCAUCGCCAGCGGUGGCGGCGCUGAUUUCUGGGGCUCUGGCAGCGUCGCCUCUCCCUCAUGCUGCUGCUCGCCGCAAACCCACAGAUGGAUGUUCGGAAAUAUCCCCCGCAGUCCCUCUCCUCCACCGGCUGCUUCCCUUGAUGCAUAAUUACAGCACCGAGAGAAGCUACUGAGAAAAUAAGCUCCAGGAGCCGAUUCAUCCCAGUUUGGGCUGCAGAAAAUGAGGGUGAGCGACAGAGGAGGGUUUCUCACCAUGUUUCUUUCCUUGUAUUUAAUAUGGACGCAGCUGCUGAUCACAGAGUCAUCUACUGGUGAUCACAAGCUGCUUCGCUUCCCUUCUGAUCACCCCAGUCAUCUCUCUCCACCUCUGCACCGUCAACAUGACUUGAACCCAAAGCACCAUGGAGACGAGUCCCACUCCCGCCACCACCAUCACCACCACCAGCAGCAUGAGCACUUUGUCAGGUUUGCCAAAGUGAUGCCAGCUGCUCUGUUUCGUCAGGAGCUCGGCGGUCAGCAGACGCUCAACCUGCUGGCACGGCCCCAUCACGAGGUGCAGCCGGACCAUGCCAUGGUGUCUGCACGGCAUCUGGUUACUGUGUAUCUGGCUGUGGAUGUGAGGAGGCUGAACGUCAGUCUUCUUCGCUGGUUUCGCGAAGGUGUAGCAGCAGCGCUGGGUGUUCCUGCAGGCCGUGUUCACAUCAACCGGCUGAAUGAGGAGAAGAAUUGCAUUGAGCUCUUCGUGUCCUCUGAUAGGCUGGGGAUCUCUGAGCCCCGCCCCGCUGAAGAGGUCCUCCAGUCACUGAAUGUCCGAGUCCUUCACCACCACCUGGGACAUUUCGGUAUCACAGAGGUCUCGACUGAGAAAAACGUCCUGCAGGGCGAGCAGAGGGGACACGUGUGGAACAGAGAAGGUUUUUAUGCUGUCGUCCUCUUCUUCACUAUCUUUGUCAUCGUCAUCACCUGCUUGAUGGUUUUGUAUCGAAUUAAAGAGAAGGUCCAGGUUUCUGCUAGACAGCUGAAAGCCCUGCCCCCUGACCUCCACCUGACUCCAGCAGCCCCUCCAGACUCCGCCCAGAGGUCAGACACCACCAAGUUUGUGUUGUCGGGAAGCAUGGUCCAAGCUGAGCCUCCGCUGGCUGUAGCCACACCCACUCCCCAGCAACAGCCAAUCAUAGGCUGCCACCACCUCGCUCCACCUGUUGUCCCUCUGCCCAGCCCCGCCCCUGUCCCAGUUGUCAACUACAACAGCCACUCUCCCCUCGCCAGCGUUGCCCCGGUGACGGCCAAUAAUGAGCUAAAGCCCUGCCCCUCUCCGUUCAGGAUGAAACCUGCUGCAGGACUGCAGGAAAGACGCGGCUCCAAUGUCUCUCUGGUGCUGGACAUGUCAGCGCUCGGCUCUGUGGAGCCCCUUAAUGUUGCGGUGGUAACCCCCAGAGAGGCGGCAGCGAAGGAGUAUCUGCUGUCCGCCGGCCGGCCACUGACAAGACGGCACGUUCGAGACCUCAUCAACAACACGCACAAACUGCAUGCUGAGUUCGCUGAAAUUCCAAUGAAUUUCACUGAUCCCAAGGAGCUGGAUGUACCGAACCAUGGCACCAAGAACAGAUACAAGACCAUACUGCCCAACCCUCAUUCCAGAGUGAUCCUGAAGUCAAAGAGCCACAACGACCUGCUGAGCUCCUACAUUAACGCAAACUAUAUACGGGGUUACCUCGGUGACCAGAAGGCGUACAUUGCUACCCAAGGUCCCAUGGUGAACACAGUGAAUGACUUCUGGCAGAUGGCGUGGCAGGAGGAGUCUCCGGUCAUUGUCAUGAUCACCAAACUGAAGGAAAAGAACGAGAAGUGUGUUUUGUAUUGGCCAGAGAAAAGAGGAAUUUAUGGGAAAGUUGAAGUGUUGGUCAACAGCAUCAGAGAGUGUGAACACUACACCAUUCGCAGCCUCACACUCAAGUGUGGGAAUCAAACCCACAUGUUGCAGCAUUACUGGUACACAUCGUGGCCCGACCACAAAACCCCAGACUCUGCGAUGCCGCUGCUGCAGCUGAUGGCCGACGUUGAGAUGGACAGAUGCGCAGCCACCGCCGUGGGACCGGUCAUUGUCCAUUGCAGCGCUGGGAUUGGCCGGACAGGCUGUUUCAUCGCCACAACAAUAGGCUGUCGGCAGCUGCAGUUGGAGGGACUGGUGGAUGUCCUGAGCAUCACCUGCCAGCUCCGAGCAGAUAGAGGUGGUAUGAUCCAGACAGGUGAGCAGUACGAGUUUGUCCAUCAUGCCUUGAGCUUGUACGAGUCCCGCCUCUCUGAAGAAACUGGCCAAUGAGCGUUCACCACCACAGGAAGAUGUCUGCUUUAAGCUUGAAGUCAGUGUGCUACAUAGUGGGCCCUUAGCAGGUAUGAUCUCUGAGGUUUGGUGAUUCUGGAGGAGAUCUUUUGAGUUUGAUGGACAACCAAUGAGGACUCUUUGUAGGCGGAGCCUGCUAAAGGAAAUUGGAAUGUAUCCAUUCUUCUUCUUUGCCGUUUCUUCUUCUUGUGUUGUUGGCGGCUCUUCAGAGGAACUGUGGGAACUGCUCACUUCACUCACUUUAGCCAACGGACUCAGAUCGUGUCAUUUUCAACUAACCAGACUGUUAUAGCUUCUUUUCUGUCACAGAGAUGUAGAAAUAAUUUGACUGAAAUAGAUGGUACAUUGUUCAAUAACACUACUGUUUGUGUCUUAGAGAAUUUUAAAAUUAUUUUAUAAUGUGCUGUUCAUAUAAGAAGCUAUUGCAAAAUGGCUCAUAGGUGGUUGCACCUUUGGUUUAGCUUCUAUACCGUGGUUGAACCAACUCUUCCAGACUCGGCCCUUUUGUCACCUCUGCACUCUACAUUUUUUUCUGUACCUGUGUCACAUUAUUGCUAUUUCCAGUCAGAUCUUUGCUCCGAUCUUCCUUUCAUCCUUUCCUUUGAGGCUUUAACAAGGAGACAGUACAUUUUUUUUCCUUUAUUUUUUGCUAUGAAGGGCCAACUUUUUAAUAAGCAGCUCAAAUUAUUUCUGGCAUAUUUUUAAGUAGGAUACCAGGAAUAAAAAGUUGAUCAUUGUCAGAUCAACAGCCAAGCCACAACCCCUUCAACAUCAAAUGAACCAGUAUAUUUUCACAUAAGUAGUUUUGAAAGUGCCUAUUUUGGACCUUUCCUUCUUAAACGUUUAAUUCAAUUCAGACUGUAUUGAUUAGGUGAGCCAACACUAUUGUUAACCAGGUAACCCAACACCAUUACAUCAUCCAAUUUUUAAUCAAAGUUUUAGAAUGAUGGAAUUAUUGUUCGGGGCAGAACCAACAUUUUUAAUAUUUAUUUCCACAGACUGCGCUGUGCUACUCCACUAACAUUUGCUGCAUGCACGUUAUAUCCAGGGCCUGGUAAUUUAGGGAGUGCUGAAGUCACAUGCGAGCAACUUUUAGCCAUGCAACACAUGCUAACAGCUAACAAACCAAUGUAAUAAUAAAUAGGCUUCUGCUAAGCUAGUUCUUCUCGUGCAGCAAUCCUGUCGAAGCUAAUUCUAGCUUUAGUAGUUUAGUGUUAGUCCUGUGCUUAACGCUGAUAAAUGGAUGCUAAUCUAUAAGUACAUGCUAUUACUGUCAUGAUAUGCUAAAGCAAUAUUUUGUUAAACCUAGUAUUCAACCACUAUACCAUACUUGUAUAAUAAGAAUUUGUUUGCUACAAUAAUUACUUUUAGUCUAAGAAUUGUGAGAGCUGGCAAAAAAAAGUAUUUUUUUCUGGGUGAAAGUGAUGAGGUAUUCACAGGUCACAAGCGUCUUGGUCUGUCCCCCAUGGCUACGCCAGUCAGCCCGAGGAGGCUGAGGGUGCACCCAGCCCCGUGAUGUGAGCCUCCUCCGAUACAGCCUCCUGGAGGCACGGCCCAAAGAGCCCAUUGUGGCUGAUGGGGCCAUCCAGCAGGCUCUUCUGGAUCUGCUCCGGAAUCUGUAACAUGUGCAGACACGCUGCAGCAUGGUCGCCCAGGCCUUGCUGCUUCUUCGCCUCGGGCAAGUAAGCACAGAAUGGGCAGGCGGCCCAAAGAGAGAUUGCUAGCUCGGCGUGCUCAGCACUGAGGCUGGCCUCGCAGUGGGGGUGGGAGUCGUUGGACGUAAUGAAGGCCGUGUUGCAUGUGGCGACGGCGGUACGACACUGGUGUUUGGCACUCAUGGUUCUCUGCUCUUUAGACUGCGUGCAAUGCUGUAGAAAAAGAGGGAGCAGAGCUCAGGCAUUUUAUACAGUCAGAGCGGACAUGAGUGGAGUCAGCCCAGUGUAGGGCACAGGGCGUGAAAAGAAAUCUCUUCAGGACUGCGCAUGUGCAAGGGAAUAAACCCAACAGCGACAGCUCUUAGAGGGUGAAGCCUAUAUGAAAUAGAAAAACAUGCAUUGUCGUUAAUUGACAAGAGAUGCUCAAACUUGUUGGUAAAGUAGGCUGACAUUCUGUAGGAUACCUGGGUAAACGGGAAUUCUCACCAGGUCUAACGGAAACCUCCUCCCCCUGGAGUUCUACACUUUGGGUGUAUUCUGCAGUUACAGUGGGGAGAGGACUAAAGUGUCUAAGACGCACUGGGCACUGUGGGAGAGACGUACCUGAAAUAAGAGAAACAGGUGAUGAGCUUCAGUACUGGCUUCUGCCAUAACUCACUUUAAUUUCACAUCCGUGCCAACAUUCUCUUCAAGUUCCCAUGUGGGAACUUUCUUUAAGCUCUGUGCAGAUACCUGACCAGAUAUGAACAGCCUCCAGUGAUUCCGCUGCAGGGCGCUGAUUUCCUGCAGGCCAGACAAAAGCCCCACAGUACUGGUCCGGUCUUGUUAAAUGCCCACUGGUUUCCCAGAAUAAAUCCCCAUCCUGUGUAAAUCUAUAGAUUAGGGUUGGUCACCUCGGGCAGGUUGGGCCUGCCAGCCACCAUAUUUAUGUAAGAAUACCACACAGCCAAAGAAGGAAAGAUGCAGACAAGAAAGUAAACAUGUUUUCUAGUUAGAACAGAAGUAGAGGAGCGGUCCCUGAUAACCAGCUGAAAGGCCUUUUAAUGGUGCCAUCACCAGGCCACCGGUCAGUGGCUCUGCCACACGGCAACUCAGCCUGAGCUCCCGACGGUCGUAUCCUGUUGGGCGACUGUCACUCCCAGUGCCCUGAGCUCCUCCUCCUGGUCCCUGAGGGCUGCUUGACAAUCAGUAACACAGUAAAUGUGCAAUGUUUCAUUUUAAUUUCCCCAAAUAAAACGGAUCUUGCACCUGAUCUUGUUCUUCAGGACCUUCAUCUCCCUCGCUGCUGAGCCUGAGAGCCCCGCCCUCACCUCUAGCAUGGUCAACAGGUGUGACAGUUGUAAUUUUAAUUUGUGUAGUAGAAACUUUAACUACUGUUCAUUAUUCACUAUCAGCAAGUACCUCAGGCUGUUGUCAGCCCCCGGCUCCUCCAACAGAUCUAAAGUUGUGACCAGAGGCAUUUGCUGUGCUCAGGGAGGCCAGGAGAGCCCCUGUCCUGCUCCUCCUGGAGAAAAUAAUCAAUAGAUUAAUCCAUACUGAAAAUAAUCAAUAGUUGCACUUGGAUACCAGUUGAUUAGAGCUCCACUUCAACCAACUGCAACAGUAAAAUCCUGCCUGUAUAUCAGUGCACGAGUGAUAUUGAUGUGAUAGUAUAUAUGUCAUAGGUGACAUUUUACUGUACUGUUAUAAUACUUAUAUUGUGAUAAUAUCAUCAAUCAUUUAGUGAUGCCAGAGUUGGCAACUUUUACAGUGUGGUAUUAACUUAAACCUGAAGUUAAAGAUGUGAAUACUCCCUCCACCACUGGUGCUAACAUGCUUUAGUUAGAUAACAUGUUACAGUUGCAUGCUAUUUGUUUUAUCAUAGCCUGUUUAAUAUUCUGUUUGAUCUUUAGGAUCAACCCAGCUCUGUUGCAGCUCUAGUUAAAACUGGAAAGACCAAAUGAAUUUGAAAGACCAAUGAAUAGAGUACGUCAAAAAAAUGAGACUAAUGGGGCAAAAGUAGCAACGUGCUUCGGCCAGAUGCUUUCGAUUUGUACAUUUAAUCCGAACAUGAACGUAUCGCUGUUGAACUGUCUUGAAGUUUCAGUCAAAGGUUUCUUUUUCAGCACCAGGCCAAACCAAACAGCAGUUUGCUAAGUCAAACCCAAUGAGUUUUAAGUUCUGUGCUGCUUGACCUUAGGGUUCAUGCUCGGUAUAGCAGCUAACUUCAGAUCCAAGGUUGUUGGGUGAAAUACUGCUUUAUACCAAAAAUGUGAAAUAUUUAAGUCACAAUGGUGCAGUCAUCUCAUCAAUGUAAAUUUUAUCUAGUGAGUGCAUUAUUUUGGUGUAUCAAAGUAAUAAGAUUAUUUUUAUACAGUUUUUAACAUGUUUUUGAUGUUUGUCAGCCAUUUGUUGACUUUCAUGAAAAUCUGCUGCACUGUUACCCCAGACAAGUUGACUUGACCAAAAAAGAAAACUGAUGCAAGAGACUAAAAAUUCAGGGAAUUGUUAAGAAACUAUACUGAUCAGCCACACCGUUAAAACCACUGUCAGGAGAAGUGAACAAUGAUUAUCUGGUCACAGUGGAAGAAGGUGGCCUGGUCUGAUGAAUGUUUUUGGUUAUCAUGUAAUCAGAGAUGGCACCAUGAUGCACUAUGGGGAAAAAGGGAAGCUGGAGGAGCCACUGUGAUGCUCCACGCAGUGUUCUUCUGGGAAACCUUGAAUGUUACUGUGACACCUACCUAAACUCUGCUGUAGACCAAGCCCCUCCCCUUCAUGGCCGUGGCCUCUGUGAACAGGAUGAUGGACUGCAGAGACUGUUCAGGAAUGGUUUGAGGAACAUGACAGUCCACUAUCAUUGCAUCAUUUAAAAUUUAUAUAGCACCAAAUCAAAACAAUCAUCUUAAUGCACUUUACAAAUCCCCUGCUGACUUUCAUUUUGACAUUUACUUAAUACUUCAUUUAAAAAUGGAAGCUAUUUUUAAUGUGUAAUAAAAAAAAAACACUAAAAUGUUAAACAUUGUGUUGGUUGUGGCUGUACCAGUGGCACACCUGUUGACCUGGAGGUUCCUCGAAGAGAGAGCGGCAGUCUCAGCUUCUUGGUUCCUGAUCUUGUUCCUCAGGUCCAUCUCCCUUGUUGCUGAGCCUCUGGCUCUGCCACCAGGCUCCGUGGCAGCUCCUGCACCUCCGACUCAGACAAACACGCUCUGGCUGCUGCACCAGGAGCCUGCGUCUCCUCUGAGCUACUCCUGCCACUUGUGGGGGCUCUUGAAAGUGUAGACAGACAACAACACAUGGUGAAGGAGUGCAGCAACUGGGGUGGGAGUUCAAGGCAUUACUUUGGCCUCCAAAUUCCCUAGAUCUCAGUUCAAUCAAGCAUCUGUGGAAUGUGCUGGAAAAACAAGUCCGAUCUCUGGGGGUCCCACCUCACAACUCGCAGGACUUAAAGGAUCUGCUGCUGACGUCUUGGUGUCAGAUACCAGAGGACACCUUCAGAGGUCUCAGCAGACCGGAGCUGUUUUGUUGGCAUGAGGGGAGCUGCACGGUUAAUAGGCAGGUGGUUUUAAUGUUGUAGCUGAUCAGUGUAAUCUGUUGGAGUCUAACUGAACGCUGACAUGUUGGAAGUAACAAUUUCAACAUCAACACAUUCAGUACACUUUUUAAAAUGGCCAGCAAACAAAUGUUAGAAGGGACAUUAGACAUUCUCUAGAGAGCUUUUAAAUUAAUUUACAUUGACUCCACACAACCAAAGGCCACUCAUCCACACCACAUGAAUGCAAAUGCAUCGGAUACAAAAUGUCAUGCUAAGGGUGAAGUUCAGUUGGAAACCACCGCUAUAACUACACAUUGUAGAAUAAAUUGUGAAACAAGCCUAGAACUAGUGAGGUGUGUCUGGUCAGUUCCCGGGGGUCGACUUCUCAUAGACAAGUUUCUACAGUAAUGCCAGUAACGAAGAACAUCUGAUCUGCUCUCUCUGUGUGUGUGUGUGUGUGUGUGUGUGUGUGGGGGGGG